AGAGUAGUUGGGAAUAAGCUGUAGAAGCCGCUGUGUACACACUUCAAAUCCGGGAGCUCAAACACACACACACACACACACAGACGAGCGCGUGCACACACUUUCAUACACACACACACACCGACUGAGUUUUUUUACAGGCGCCUUUCCACUCGAGGAAUCCAGUGUGGAUUUACCGGAGCACGAGGGAUAAAGCGCCGUGUGAAGAUGGCGUCAGUGACUGACUCGCGUCUUCAGCCGUCACAGAAAGAUGCUGCAGACCAAAACUUUGACUACAUGUUUAAACUCCUCAUCAUCGGAAACAGCAGCGUCGGUAAAACCAGCUUUCUGUUUCGAUACGCGGACGAUUCCUUCACUUCAGCCUUUGUCAGCACAGUGGGGAUCGACUUUAAGGUCAAAACCGUUUUUAGGAACAACAAGAGGAUUAAACUACAAAUCUGGGACACGGCGGGACAGGAGCGCUACAGGACCAUCACCACAGCCUAUUACAGAGGAGCAAUGGGCUUCCUGCUCAUGUUCGACAUCACCAACCGGGACUCAUUCAAUGCUGUUCGGGACUGGGCCACGCAGAUCAAGACGUACUCGUGGGACAAUGCUCAGGUGAUUCUGGUGGGAAACAAGUGUGAUCUGGAGGACGAGCGGCUCAUUCCUACUGAGGACAGCCAGAGACUCGCACACGAGCUCGGUUUCCAGUUUUUCGAGGCGAGCGCCAAAGACAGCAUCAACGUGAAGCAGGUGUUUGAGUGUCUGGUGGACGUGAUCUGUGACAAGAUGACCGAAAGCCUGGACGGAGACGCCGCCGUGUCCAACCAUAAAGACUGCAGUCUGCAGGACGCGGCUGAUGAAGGACACAGUGCCUGCGCCUGCUGAAAGCACACAACAGAAAACACUUUCCUCCUGCUAGCUCUGCUGUGGUUUGUUGACGUGGACGGAGUAUCAUGAUGACGUGGAUUGGACUCUGCGCUGGUGAUCUACGUGACACACCCGUCGCAAAACAACUCCACACACUGCAGGUUCAUUCACAUUUCUCACACAUCUUUCCCUCUAACAGGCCUCACGCUUUGAAGGUUCUUUGUGCUUUUUGCAUGCGUUGCCUUUUUUUUCAGCUCAUUAUUGUUGAGAUCAAUGUUGUGAGUUCUGAUGAACUGAUGUGUGUUUACUCUUGGGAAAAAUUCUCUCAAGUGAAGCUUUCUGGAAGAUUCGAGAGUUUUUUUUUAAAGGGGUAGUUCACCCAACUAUGAUAUUUAUUCAUCAUUUGUACAUCAUCAAGUGGUUCUAAACCUCCAAAGUUUCUUUGUUCUGGUGCACACAAAAGAAGAUAUUUUUAAGAAUGUUGAAAACCUUUAACCAUUGACUUCCAUAGUAUGAUAAACAAAUACUAUGGAAGUCAAUGGUUAUAGGUUUCAGCAUUUUUCAAAAUAUCUUCCGUUGUCUUUGACAGAAAAAAAGCCACUCAAACAGGUUUUGAACUAGUGAAGAUUGAGUAAAUGAUGACAGACUUUUCAGUUUUGGGCGAACUAUCCCUUUGAGUGUCUUUCCGUCUUUUAUUCUUGAUUUGAUUUUGACAAUGUCUUGUGCUUAUUAUAAAAUUCGAGAAGUAUUUUGUGUAAUAAAAUAAAAUAAACAUUUGUUAGAA